UUCUCGCUCCGUCCGAGGCCCAGCCGGGGGCGGGGCCAAGCCUAUAAAGGGCCAGGCGAGCGGCCGGCCGCCCCAUUCAUCUGCGGCGUGCGCUGCCGGCUCCUCCGAGUCUUCGGCCCGACGACGUCGACGCGCCACCUCCAGCCUGCUCGGCGGGCGACACCUGCAGCAGCAGCAGCACAGGCAGCCUUCCUCCUCCUCCUCCCGGCCGCCCCGGCUUGCGCGCGUCCCGCGCCGGACUUGCACAUCUUCGUUCGCCGGCAGCACCGCCUUGGCCAGCUGGCCGCGCCGCUGGGCUCCCCCGGCCCCAUGGCUUCGCCGGCGCCGCCGCUGCUGCUCGCCUCCGGCGUCGUCGCGCUGCUCUGCUGCGCCCGCCUGGCCGAACCGGCAGGCGUCUUUGAACUCCAGGUGCACUCCUUCACCACAAGUAGCCCCCGAAGCCUGUGCCGCGGCACCCACCCCUGCCGCCUCUUUUUCCGCGUCUGCCUCAAACAUGCCCAGGCCGUGGUAUCGCCAGAACCUCCCUGCACCUUUGGGGCAGCCCUGAGCGACAUUGUCCCCGCGGACCGCAGUGCUGCAGCCACCAGUGGGCCCAUCCGGGUCCCCUUCCACUUCAAGUGGCCGGGCACCUUCUCCCUCAUUAUUGAAUCUUGGAGAGCAGAAUCAGGAGAACCAUCCACAGAGGAUGCUCAGAAGCUGAUCAGUCGCUUGGCCACACGCCGCCGCUUGGCUGUGGGUGAAGAUUGGUCUCAGGACGUGCAGCUGGGAGACCAAAGUGAGCUGCGUUACUCCUACCAUGUCACCUGUGACGAACACUACUAUGGGGAGAGCUGCUCAGAUUACUGCCGGCCGCGGGAUGACACCUUCGGACACUACACCUGUGACGAACUAGGCAGCCGGAUCUGCCUGGUAGGGUGGCGGGGCGAGUACUGCUCCGAGCCAAUGUGUCUGCCUGGCUGCAGCAACAGCCACGGCUACUGUGAGAAGCCCGGCGAGUGCAAGUGUCGGAUUGGCUGGCAGGGGCUCUUCUGCACCGAGUGCGUCCGCUACCCAGGCUGCCUCCAUGGCACCUGCACCCAGCCCUGGCAGUGCAACUGUCAGGAGGGCUGGGGUGGGCUCUUCUGCAACCAGGACCUCAACUACUGCACCAACCACCGCCCAUGCAAGAAUGGGGCCACCUGCACCAACACGGGCCAAGGGAGCUACACCUGCAGCUGCCGGCCUGGCUUCGCGGGGACAAGCUGUGAGAUUGAGACCAACGAAUGUGACAGCAACCCCUGCAAGAACGGAGGCAGCUGCAAUGACUUGGAGAACGACUACAAGUGCACGUGCCCUCAAGGCUUCUAUGGCAAGAACUGUGAGGUCAGUGCCAUGACCUGCGCUGACGGGCCUUGUUUCAAUGGUGGGACCUGUGCAGAGAAACGCACAGGUGGCUACACUUGCCACUGCCCGGUGAGCUACCACGGCUCCAACUGUGAGAAAAAGAUAGACCGUUGCAGUAAUAACCCAUGUCUGAACAGCGGCCACUGCCUGGACCUGGGCCGUAGUGUGAUCUGCAAAUGCCGGCCAGGGUUUGCCGGGUCCCGCUGUGAGCUGAACAUAGACGAUUGCGCAGGAAACCCGUGCGCCAACGGAGGCACCUGCAUCGAUGGCCCCAACAGCUACACCUGCUCCUGCACCCUGGGCUACGGAGGGCAGGACUGCAGCACCCGCAUGGAUGCCUGCGGCUCCAGCCCCUGCCUGAACAGCGGCACCUGCUACACGCACUUCUCGGGCCAUGUUUGCGAGUGUUCGGCCGGCUACAUGGGCUCCAGCUGUGAGUUCAGAGUUCAGGUUCCCACCCCCAUGAGCAGCCAGCGGGUAGCCGAGGGCCCUGUCCCUGUGGCCCUGGCGGUUUCCUUUGCCCUGGGGCUCAUGACGUUGGUGCUGGCAGCCUGCGCUGCCGUGGCUGUGCUUCGGCACAUGAGGCAGGGCCGCAAGGCUGUGAAAAGCAGUGUCCGCAAUGACCUGGCAGCCAUCAACAACCUCAAGGAGAGGGACGGCUUCCUCAUCUCCCCUGGGCGCUUCAAGGUCUCCAACAAAGACGCCCGAUUCAGUGGGGAUCAGUUCAAUUGCAAGAGGAAGCUGCUGGAUCACAGCCGUGAGUCUGUCUGCAAGAAGAAGCUGGAGAAUAAAAAAUCGGAGCCCAUCCGGUCCCUUGUUCCUGCUGGCUAUCCCAAAGAAGGCACCUACCACCCCAUCUACAUCAUCCCAGACCAGAUGGAGCCACAGUGCAUUUAUGCAACCGAGGUUUAAAGAAGAGCCUUCUCCCCAGCCUUGGAAUCAGACAUCUGUAUUCUUUUUAUUCCAAAUUCUCAGCUAAAGGAAUGUUUACAGAGCAGACUGACUGGACUCCUGGCGCAGCCAAUGUCUCACCAUUAUUAAUUUUUUAUCUAUAUAGUAUUUUUAAGACUCCUUUUUUAAAGGAAAAAUAUUUAAUAUUUAUUCUUGCUGCUAUAUUUUUAAAUUUUUUAUUUUUGCAUUGAGAGUGACAGACUGAUUUCAACGGACGGACUGGAAAGUUAGAGCUCGGUUUGGAGAGGUUCAUCUGGGUUCUCUCUUGAGAGGCAGUAAAGAAAGACGCAUCUGGGAGGAGAGCAGGGAGGAAGCUACACUAGGAUUGUCUGAGCUGUAGAAAAGGCGGGUCCUUUUCCCAUACAAGUGCCAGGACUUAAGUCAUUUUUUAUUGUUCUUAUUUUUAAGAAGUGUUGUCGAUGCUUUGCCUACAGUUCUGUGGGUUUUCCUCACAGAAUAAUUCCCUCAUUGUCUGAAGGGAGGAAACUCUGCCCUUCCCUUCAGCCCAUGGACAGGUGCAGAGAAUAAGCCACAACAGGAAGUAAUAUGCAACCACUGGCACAAUUUGGUUGUAAAAAAAACAACCAGGACAAGAGAUGUUUGGGGAAACAGAGGCACACUCCUGCUAAAACAAGCAAGGGGAGUCUCCUCGUCAAAGAGGGCCACACUGACCCUUUCAAAGUGGCUGGUAGGACAUAUCAGAAAUGCAAGCACUUCCUUGCUGAUACCUACACUCACCCUUCAGAGUAUGUGUAUUUGUGCAAGGAGCAUUUAGGGUUUGUUUCCGUUCCCCACCCCCUCUUGCAAGCAGAAGAAAUGUUGUUAUCCUAUUCUUCCACCAUGCAGGGCAGCAUGGACUGGACAACUUUGGCCCUCCUGCAGAUGUUGGACUACAACUGCAUCAUGCUGACUGUUGGCCACUGUGGUUGGGAAUGAUGGGAGUUAUAAUCCAGCAGCAGCUGGGGCUGAAGUUCUGCAGGCCUGAUUUAAUACAAGGCAAAUAAAAGACAGCAAGGAUUUCCCACCUUAGGGUGAAAGUUCCCUGCUUUUAAAAAGGAUACUUCAGCUCAUCCACAGCCUUCAUCAGGAAGUGAUGGAACUUGAGCCCGCAAGGAGAAACAACUUCUAUUCAGCAGAAGGAAAGGCUUUCCCCCUCUGCUGACGCAGGUUGUGCUCCCAAUAAGCACAAUCCUCUCAGCUCAUGUGCCUUAGAACCGCCCAGCCACUGAUGUGUGGCUCAGGCCGGACCAAAAGCAAGAUGGAGCAUACAAGGCCUUUGCAGAGUUAGCCUUGGCUCAAAGCUCUUCACCCAUUAAAAAGAAUUAUUUUUAAUAUCAGGAAAAAAUGAAACACAGCAUGAUUUAUAGGACAAUUGGGUUUACGUUGGUGGUGGGUUUCCCCUUCAACCCAUUUUCUUCUUCUCUUUUUAUGGUUGAACUUAAGUUCUUCCAUCACCUGACAAAUGCUAAGUUGAAGUUUUAAACAGAGAAAUGUUAACAUUUUUGUUUAACUCAUGGUGAGUAUUUUUAUGCAAAGGUGGGGGAUGGAAUCUUGAUUUCAGAAUCUGAAAUGUGGAAGCAACCAAAUCACCUCACCAGUCAUGGCCAUCCCCCCCACCCCCACCCCGGUGUUUAACUUUGGGUUUUUGAAAAGUUAUUUUAAACAGUCAAAAAAGCAGAUUCAACUUUUCAGCUUCAGGUAGUCCUGAUGUCAGUGUGUUCUAACAGAAAUCUUAUGGGGUGGUCAGUAGUUCUUCUGUUUAAAUUGUUCUUUUGAAAACUAUUUUUUUCUGUUAAGUUAAAAACACAAAAAAUAUUGUGUACAAAAAAACUGCUGGAGAUUCUUUAUAUACAUAUUUAAGUUGUAAAUACUGUAUAUUUAUAAGUAUCCUGUUUAUAUAUCUGUCCCCUGCACCACCCCAUGACUUUUCUUUUUUAUGUAUGGCCCUUUUGCUCAAAAGAAAACUAUAUAAAUCUCUAUUUUGCCCAAUGAAAACCAA